AUGAACUUUUUUUCCGAUGUUAUUCACCUUAUCUCUAAUGAAUUUAUAACAUUUAAAGGGCAAAUUGAAAUAGAUGGAGAGAUAACUCAAGAUGGAAAAUUCAAACAAGACAUGAAAUUUGUAGGUUUUAAUACCAAAACUUUUGUCAAUUUCUUCGCUGCAGUGGAUGAAAAAUCGGAUGCCUCCGAUUGGUAUUUCACAGGAAAAAUGAUUUUCCAUAAAAACAAUUUCAAAGAAAUAAAAAGAUCAAAAAAGGGUAGUGGUGUUAGCCUACUCAAAAAGAUAAAAGAAUAUAUCGGUAUAAAUUGUUAUAUACCGAGCGAUGGAUGUUGCUCUGUAAAGUGCGUUAAUCAUGUUUUAAACGAAGACUACACGAGAGAAUUUCAAGAUUUCAUCAACAGUUUUCAAAAAUCAAACAGAAAAGGAGUUAUGACAACUGCUAGAAUCUGCGAAUUCAAUAAGAAAUUUAAUACUAAUUUUCAAAUAUAUAUGCCCAAACAUAGACAUUUUCAACCAAAGAAAGUAACCGAAGAAUUAGAUUGGGUUUUUUAUUUACACAAAGAACACUUCUGUUUGAUAAGAAGAAAUAACAAAACUUUGGGCAUUAAAGAAAUAGAAGAUGAUUACGAUGAAAACGUAUGGAGAACUUGUGAAGAUGAUAAUGCGGUAACGCAAGUUUCACUUCUAAAACUAAACGUUUUUCCAACCAUUCACGAUGAUUGUUUAUACGCUUGGGAUUGCGAAACCUACAACGAAAAUAAAGCCAUACCUUAUUCCUGUACUUUAGUUAAUUUAGAAAAACUAAGGAAAAUGUUAAACAGAAUAAAUAAUCUCUUUCCAGAUUUAAAGCCGUCAGAUCCCAUUCCAGAAGAAUUUUACAACAAACUCAUGACUAAUAUAGUAGAAAUAUUUAAAUAUAAAUGUUACAACGUUUAG